CGGGCCCGGUCCCCAGCGCUCCGCCCCUGAGCCAGGCGUCGGCGCGGCUGCUAGCUCACUUGCUAACUCGCUCGGGCUUCAGACGCCGGCGGAGCUGAGACCUCGCGGCGCGCGCGGAGCCUGGGUCUGGACGGCGGGCGCUGCUGGCUUUGCAGUUUCCAGUGGUGAGAGCCAGAAUGGAAGUUCACUUGGCACAAUACGAUUUUGUACUCUGAGGACCACUGGAAUGUCUAGAUAGACUCUUUAACCUUAAAAAAAUGUGAGCCCUAGGGUCCGGGGAUUUAGCUCAGUGGUUUUGCCGCCUGCUGCGCAAGCGCAAGGAACCGAGUUUGAUCGCUGGUACCAAAAGAAAAAAAAAAUGAAAAGGCUCAUGUUUGAAAGUAGAGGACGGAUUGCUGGGGAAAGUAAGUAAUCCACUUAACCAAAGCAGCAAUGUCAGCUUAUUUAUAGGAAUUGCUUCAAGUCAGAGUCAUGGUGGAUGUAGGAAAGUGGCCAAUCUUUACUCUGCUCUCACCUCAAGAAAUUGCGUCUAUUAGGAAAGCAUGUGUCUUUGGCACCUCAGCCAAUGAAGCGCUUUAUGUCACUGACAAUGAUGAGGUCUUUGUGUUUGGACUGAAUUAUAGUAACUGCCUAGGAACUGGAGAUAACCAGAGUACACUUGUACCUAAGAAGCUAGAAGCCUUAUGUGGAAAGAAGAUUAAAAGCCUUAGUUAUGGGAGUGGCCCCCAUGUUCUUCUCAGCACUGAAGAAGGAGUUGUCUAUGCCUGGGGCCACAAUGGAUACAGCCAGCUGGGAAAUGGAACGACCAACCAAGGCAUUGCCCCGAUCCAAGUCUGUACCAAUCUCUUGAUCAAGCAGGUUGUUGAAGUAGCAUGUGGCUCACAUCAUUCAAUGGCCCUGGCAGCUGAUGGAGAGGUAUUUGCUUGGGGUUAUAACAACUGUGGCCAGGUGGGAUCAGGAUCUACAGCAAAUCAACCAACUCCUCGAAAGGUUACCAACUGCUUACAUAUUAAGAGGGUGGUUGGCAUUGCCUGCGGUCAGACCUCGUCCAUGGCUGUUCUGGACAAUGGUGAGGUCUAUGGCUGGGGCUACAAUGGCAAUGGCCAGCUGGGUUUGGGAAACAAUGGCAACCAACUAACCCCUGUGAGAGUGGCAGCUUUGCACAGCGUGUGUGUGAAUCAGAUUGUCUGCGGCUAUGCACAUACUCUAGCACUAACAGAUGAGGGCUUGCUCUAUGCCUGGGGAGCUAACACAUAUGGGCAGCUGGGAACUGGCAAUAAAAAUAACCUGCUAAGCCCAGCACACAUCAUGGUGGAGAAAGAAAGGGUGGUAGAGAUUGCAGCCUGUCACUCCACCCACACAUCUGCUGCCAAGACCCAGGGUGGGCACGUGUACAUGUGGGGCCAGUGCCGGGGCCAGUCAGUGAUCCUCCCUCACCUCACCCACUUCUCCUGCACCGACGACGUGUUUGCCUGCUUCGCCACUCCUGCUGUCUCAUGGCGCCUUUUGUCUGUAGAGCAUGAAGACUUUUUAACAGUUGCAGAGUCACUGAAGAAAGAAUUUGAUAGUCCAGAAACUGCUGAUCUGAAGUUUCGAAUUGAUGGGAAAUAUGUUCAUGUCCAUAAAGCUGUUUUGAAAAUCAGGUGUGAGCACUUUCGAUCCAUGUUCCAGUCUUACUGGAAUGAGGACAUGAAAGAGGUGAUAGAAAUAGACCAGUUUUCUUACCCUGUGUAUCGUGCCUUUCUCCAGUACCUCUACACAGACACAGUGGAUCUGCCGCCUGAAGAUGCUAUAGGUCUUUUGGAUUUGGCGACAUCUUACUGUGAAAACAGACUGAAAAAACUUUGUCAGCACAUUAUCAAGCGUGGAAUUACUGUGGAGAAUGCAUUUUCAUUAUUCUCUGCUGCAGUCAGAUAUGAUGCAGAGGAUUUAGAAGAAUUCUGCUUUAAGUUUUGCAUCAAUCAUUUGACAGAAGUUACACAGACUGCAGCAUUUUGGCAAAUGGAUGGGCCUCUGCUAAAGGAGUUCAUUGCUAAAGCCAGUAAAUGUGGAGCCUUUAAGAACUGAAGCUGCUGGGGUGUGAGUGCGUGCUCUGGGCACUGUUGGUGAUGUGUCCAGCUUGUGGUGUACAGGCAAUGUAAUUCUGCAGGUAAAACCCAUCUGGUGGUUUUUGUCACAUCUGAGACACAGUUCUCUGUAGGAAUUUAUGAAGGAUAUAUGGCUUUUCCUGAGCCCAUUUUAAAAACUCGUUUCCAGAUACAUAUACUUUAAAUGUAACCUUUCUUACAUGAGCUGGAACAUUGAGAAAAAUCUGAAAGUUUGGCUGCUUUUGUUUUGGGUUAGAGGCACUAUGGAAUUUAGAAACAGGAAGUUGGUGACAGCUCUCCUGGGUUAUGCAUCACACCCCUUUGAUGCCAGGAUUGUUUGUGAAUUGUGAGGUGACCAUAGAGGUCCUACCAUGAGUUACUGAUGCUGACCCUUGGGCUUGGUGAAGUGCUCCAUCAGCUGCCAUCUAGUAACUUCCUGUGAGGGAGAAGUUAGAAGCAUUCAAGGCUUUUGUUCAUGUGCUUUUGCUAUUGAUGACUUUUUAACUUUAAGAGAUGUAUCAAAAUAAUAUUCCCUUUAACAUGAGUUAAACCUACUGAAAUAAGUAAUCAUUUCUAUGCCAAGAUUUCUCAAGAUUUAAGUAAUCAAGUAAUUUAAGUAAUUUAUAACUGCACAAAAAGUUGAUAAUGAAGGAAACUGGAUACAGGUGAAUAUUUUAUAAUUAGAAUCUCCAUUAUUUAUCCGAUGUUGUUUCUGUUUCAUUAAAAUUGAUAUUUAGAACUAAUAUUUAAAUUACUCCUUCACUUUUUCCCUUAUAAAUGGUAAUUCAUAAGAGGAAAAACAAUGACAUAUAUAGUAUACUCUUGCCUUUCUAUUAUGGAUGCUCAAUCAUCAGGUCUGCUACAUUGUGACUUGAAGAAAUGGUCCUUGAAAACAACUUCCUUACACAACUUAAUGGAAUUUGCUUUAUCUGCUUUAUCUAGGCCAAACUCCAUCACAAACUUACUUAUUCAAAACUUUACCACCUUCCACUUUUAUUUUUUUCUCUUUUUUGUAUUAGGUGUACUCUGGUAAAAUUUAAUGUUGAAAGAGAGCUGGAAAAUCAUGGUUUUCCCAAAAAGGUCUUAUUUAAAAGAGUUGCUCUUUUGGUCUGGUUAUGAAAUGUGACUGCAAUUUAAGAGUGUUCACCUUUUAGUUUUAUCAUGUGUCCACUGAACUUGUUUUAGGAACAAAGCUUUGUCCUAUUCUCCGGUUCAUGAACUCAUUUCCAUUUGUGAGAGCUCCCUUAAUAUAUUUUAUUUCCUGCUUAGAAGUGCCCCUUCUGCACUUAGCGCCUGAAUGUUCUCAGGGUCACAUUAACAACAGGGGAGAAGGUACUCUGUAGCUACUCUUGUAGCAACUGUUUUUUUAGGGGUGGGGAGGGAAUGAGGCCCCAAAGAUAGGAAUUGUUGAUAGGCAAAAUAACUGCAAACCUGAAGUCCCAGCCUUGUACUCCCUUUUCUUGACUGUAUCACAAGUGACUGAAGCCCAGCGAAUUAUUAGAAUUAGCUCUGCAACAUGAUAGUUAUUCUUACUAGGAUGGUGAAUGCACAUUAAUUUGAUAAUAAUAGGUAGUGUUUGUCAUAGUCACUGUCCUGUAGGUUUAUGAUCUGAACAAAAUGAGAACUUCAGUAUGUUUACUCUUGCUUACUUGGAAAAAACUUCAAAAGCACAAAUUAAAGUAGCAAGAUCCAUAUCCAGAUAGUUCAUUCACUCAAAAAAUAUUGAGUUCCUAAUAUAGGUGAAGAACCACUUCUCAGAUUACUGAGUAAUUUGUGUAUGGUAGUGAAGAGACUAAGUUCUUCAAAAAGUACUUUUUUAAAAAACAUGCACUGUCUUAUUUUUCUACUUGGUUUUGUUGCUAAUCAUAGCAGGAGAUUAAAACUGUUCUUUAAUUUUUUUUAUCUGAUGUAAUAAUGGAAACCAAAGUAUUCACAUUUCUUAAAAUAACCCUGAAUGUACUCUUGAGCUUCUUACUGGAACAAUGUUUGAUACUCUUGUAUAUACGGUGUAUUUAUGUAAUGUUUAGAAUGACAUGUUAAUAAAGUAAACCAUUAAGGCAGGCA